UCCAAACAAGUCACGUGGUACACGCCCUUGCGUCGAGGACACUUUCGUAAACAAUUACGUGAUUUGCUCGAAAAGGAUGAUCUCCUAUGCUUUAUUUCACUUCUCCAAUGGAUGGGUAUCGGUCGAAGACACAGCGCACUCUCAACAUCAAAAAUCAGUCAUUCUUUCUCUAGAAAGUUAUACGUUCGGGGCAUUUACCGUCAUGAACGCGAUGCUUAACGUAGGCCUAUUUGCUGGAGUUCUUUUAAUCGGAACUUUCGGUAAUUUACUGAUUAUUGUUACUAUAACACGCAACACGACAUUUCACAGGGCUCCAUUCUUUUUCCUGCUCAAUCUGUCAAUUUCCGAUUUGUGCCGAAGUCUGUUCUGCAUACCAUUUGUGAUUGCUUCCAUUGUACAAGAUGUCGGAUGGAUUCAUGGAGAGGUAUCCUGCAUCGCAAUUGCUUUUACUAACUUUUUCUUUGUGUUUAAUUCGUUUAUAAGUCUGAUGGUCAUCGCAAUAGACCGUUACAUAUCAGUCGCCUACCCUUAUUGGCAUAAGCGUUGGUUGCAAGGACCUACGAGCCUCACUCUGGUUGCCGUAGGCUGGAUGCUGUCGGCGCUUGUUUCGCUUCCGCCCGUUUUCAGUGACGGAUCAUACACUUUUGUGGAAGAGGAAAAUCAGUGUACUUUCAAAUACACUUCCUACAAACACAAUGACACGUUUGGAUUUCUUCUUGUUUUGACAGCCGUGCAAUUCGGUUCCAUUUUCAUCUACGCUAGGAUAUUCAUUUUCCUACGAGAUCAUCGACGAAUGAAGCCUGUGGAAACACCAGCUGCUACGAGUUCAAACUGGACAUUUACUGGCCUUGGGUUAGGUAAUGUGUUCCCCAACGCAUGGACUGGACUCCCUCUUCGUCCAAUACCUACCAUCACCCAGAAUCUGUCUAGCGGUAAUGGGUACAUUGGCCCAGUGAGCGGAAGGAGAAAUGAACACCUUACUCGGCUAUUCUUUGCUGUGACUUUGUGUGUAUAUUGCUUGUGGUCUUUCUAUUCAGUUCAGUAUUUUCUGUUGAUAUUUACAGACACUGUGAUUCCCAAAAGCGUUCGACGAUUCACCACUUUGGCUACUUUUCUUCAAGUUUGUGUAUCUCCUGUUACUUUUACUUUUCAUUACAGGAAACUCUUCUUAAAUAACUUAGUACAUUUCCAUUUGAGAAGGGAAUUCCGAUAGAUUGGUUUACGGACCAAAAUGGAUAAUAUGUUUUUUAAGCUCAUUUGCGUAAAUUGUGAGCUUUGAUUUCUGAUCAAAGUUUCUUCGACAUCUGUUACAUUUUGAACUUGUUGAAACAUCUUCCUCCUCUAUAGGAUCACUGCGUUGAAAUGGAAGAAUCCCACAAUUUCUCCUUAAACAGCAUUGCAGUCAGUGCGUUGAAAAAUCCUCAGGUUAACGCAACGGAAGUGCAUAGAGAAUAUAUUACCUAUUAUGAUAAUA